AUGCACACGAACCUCCAUACACGCAUGCAUCUAGUAAAGCAAAGGAAGGAAUUGCUGCAGCGGCUUUCCAGCGGAUGGAAGUACCACGACGGGAAGAUCUACUACUUCUCCAGUGACCGCAAGCCCUGGCAGGACGCCGAGGACUUCUGUGUGUCCAAACGGUCCCACCUGGUCUCUGUGACCAGUGCGGCCGAGCAGGAAUUCCUGGCCCAGGAGGCGGGGAAAGAGUUUUACUGGAUCGGCCUCACGGAGUCGGGCACCGAGGGCAGCUGGCGCUGGGUGGACGGCACCGAGUACCGGCAGGACGCGAGGUGA